AUGGAGGCCACCAACCCACAAGUCAGGGAGCGUGUGCAUGGGUCAAGGACAAAGCACUGGGCCAACAAACUGGCCGUAGACCAGACGGAAGAGGGCUUGUCUAAUACCCAGCUCAUGCUCAUCAACCAUGAUCUGAAGCCCGUCGAGAAAGCUCGUAGAGUUUGGGGAACAUGGAACUUUGUGGCCUUCUGGGUUGCUGACUCGUUCAAUAUUAACAGCUGGAUGAUCGGAUCUUCGAUGGUAGUCUCCGGGCUUUCCUGGUGGCAAGCUUGGGCAUGUGUCUGGCUCGGAUAUUUGGUGGCCGGCAUCUUCGUUGUUCUCAUCGGCCGUAUAGGCGCGGUGUACCAUAUCGGAUUUCCCGUGGUUGCUCGAAGUUCCUUCGGAAUAUGGGGAGCACUUUGGAUCAUCUUUAACAGAACUGCCAUGGCAUGCGUAUGGUAUGGUGUCCAGUCCUGGAUCGGAGGCCGAUGCAUCUACGUAAUGAUAAGAGCCAUUUGGAAAAGCUGGGAUCGUGAACGAAUUUCGAGCAACGCGUUCACAGACACCACAACAGCAGAUUUCGUCUCCUUUUUCCUCUUCUGGUUGAUCUCACUACCUUUCCUAUACGUGCCGGUACACAAACUACGCCAUCUCUUCACUGUAAAGUCCUAUGUUGUCCCUGUAGCAGGCUUUGCCUUCAUGGGCUGGACUAUUGCAAAGGCUGGUAAUACGGGAGCCAUGAUUAGACAGCCCGCUCAAGCCAAGGGCAGCGAAUGGUCAUGGGCAUUUGUUUCCGGAGUCAUGUCUUCGAUCGCCAACUUCGCAACACUCAUCGUCAAUGAUCCUGAUUUUACACGCUUUGCUAUCAAACCCAGAGAUGCACUUUGGUCGCAGCUGUGCACAAUCCCCAUCGGAUUUGCCGUCACGUCAUUAAUCGGCAUCCUGGUCAGUUCGGCGUCGGCUACCAUCUAUGGCGCACCCAUGUGGGAUCCGCUCGAGGUUCUCGAAAGAUUCAUCGACGAAGGCAACUCGGGCGAGAGAUUUGGAGUCUUCGUGCUUGGCCUGGCAUUCGCCUUGGCCCAACUCGGCACAAACAUUGCAGCCAAUAGCAUUUCUGCUGGCACCGAUAUGACUGCGCUGCUUCCCAGGUAUAUCAACAUUCGCCGAGGAAGCUAUGUAUGUGCCGCGGUUGGCCUCGCGAUGUGCCCAUGGAAGCUACUGUCAAGCUCAAACCAGUUCACGACUUACCUCUCAGCUUACAGCGUGUUCCUCAGUUCGAUCGCCGGCGUCAUGUGCUCCGACUACUACGCCGUACGCCGCGGAUAUCUGCAAGUUCAGGACUUGUUCAGUGCUCGCAAGGGCAGUCCGUACUACUACACUUUCGGCGUCCACUGGCGGGCAUAUGCGGCAUACAUCGCGGGCAUUUUGAUCAAUGUGGUUGGCUUUGCCGGUGCAAUUGGCGCGACUGUCCCGAUUGGAGCAUCCUAUCUUUACAGGGUGAACUUCUUUGGAGGGUUCAUCAUAUCAUUCUCUAUGUACUGGGCGCUGUGCCACUUCUUCCCCAUCCCUGCCACAAGCAAAACAUGGAUGGAGGUUGGAGGCGAUGACCUGGACGAGGUUCGUGUCGCCUACGAUGCCGACAGCUAUAGCGACAAGGGGGCCGAUGGACAUCGGCCGUAUGACGAGGAAGUGGCAGUGCAGGGAAAGCCACAGCUGAACGAUAAGAAACUUGCGGGAGAGUCUAUCUAAGGGGGAUCACGGGGAGAGAAACUGUGAACAGAGCAGCGUCGCCUGUGACGAAUGUUGGGCGUCGAUGUUAGGUCACCAUGAUACACACAAUUUGUGGGAAACACAGCAUUUGAUCUUGAUUCCUGUACAGUGCCAUUGCGUCCACCUCGUUUGAAAUUGAGAGAGUUUCCCAUUCUG